UAUCAGCUGACAACCAAAGCAAAACAGUCGGUGCGCGACCAUCUUGUCAAAACUGGAGUCAGUGACAACAAAUAAAUAUUUUAAAAUGCCCUAAAUCACUCGUAAUGACUUAACAAUAGCACUGUAUCUAACUAAAUAUAGUGCUUAAGUGAUUUCUGUGUUGUUUUUGACUCGGUUACUAUACAUUUCGCUCAAAAAUUCGGGUUUGUGUUGCGUCAAAUGACGUCAUGUGUGUGAUACACGUAUUGCUGCAGAGUUCAUAAUACACCAUGCAAGAGCAGGACGGCGAUAGCGAGCCGGCGCACCACGCGCGUCGACCGAUGAAUGCCUUCCUUAUAUUCUGCAAGCGACACAGAAGCGUUGUCCGCGAUAAAUACCCGAACUUGGAAAAUAGAUCUAUCACAAAAAUUCUCGGCGAGUGGUGGGCCAAUUUGGAAAAAGAAGAGAAAGCUUGUUACACAGGUCUUGCUAAACAGUACAAAGACGCAUUCUUCAGCGCCAAUCCGGACUUUAAAUGGUAUAAGUUGCCCGCUCCGCCUCUACGCAGUCUCUCCUCUCGUCCUCGAGAAUCUACUGAGAAAACGCUUGAGUCCCCUAACAAUGAAUAUACUGAAAGCGAACUAGAAAAAACUAAUAAUAAUUCUACUAAAUAUGAUUACAACAAAAAAUCAACAGACAAUGGAUCUGAUGUUGACACUAAACCUUUGUCCAUGUUUACGCCUGGCAAGUUGGCAGACGAAGCUCAAAUGGGAGGCCUCAGCAGCCUCCUAGCUACUAAGACUGAAGUUCAACCUCAAAACCCCUAUUACCUACCCCCUUCAUAUAAAUUUACCGCGAUCUCAAAUCCAAACGAAUACAAAUCUCAUAACAUUAUAGACCGUACGAAGUCGAACAGGGAAGACAGUAUACGUGAACUUCAAAACGCUCUCACUGAAACCACCAAAAUGUUCGCGGAAGAUUUUGAUGAAAAGGAAAGACUGUAUCGCUACGGUGUAGCUAAUGAUCAGUUCACGAACCAAGAUGUUAUAGACCAAAUAGUUGAUAAGCGGUAUUCUAAAGAGGAAGAAGGAUAUCAAAGAAAUUGGUCAGAAGAAGACGAGAAAAAUUCGAAAUCCGGCAGAUCAUGUAAGGGGAAGAGGUAUCAAGAGUUUAUGGCCGUUGGAGGACUGAUUGUGAAUAAGAGGCAGAGGAGAGACUACACUGACAGAUCUCCAGACGAAGACUAUAGCGCUUCCUGUAGCUGGGACCCUGGAUAUUCUCGCGAAGAAUCGACGGGAACCGAAGAUUCUAAAAACAGCACCGUUAACGACACGUCUGUCGAAAUAGACAUUAAAGACGAACACAACGAUGCGCCCGAUCCAGACAAUAAUGCAAACAAAACAUUCAAGGCUGCCGACUUCGAUUUAGACGCUAAAAUUAGGGCGUUACCUUCCCUUAGCUUAGAAAAAUUUCAACAGAAAAAACGAGAUAAUAAACGGAAGAAAAAGACGAUAAAUCUUAAACCGAAAGCGCUGGAAUCGUCACAGAUAAUAAACUCCGUACCGCGUCCAGUACUGGAGGAGAGACGCGACCUGGCCGAAAGUUGGCGAGAGACGGUCAUCGGUAGCCAAAAGCGGAAACCGAGGAAAAUUAGUAUAACAAGACUCGAAAUUAACAGCCUGGUCUCGAGUGAUAUGAACGGUGGUAAUAAAAUCAGUCCAGAAAUAAAAUUGGCCACCGAAGCUCCAUGUACAGUCGUACAAAGCAUGGACAUGUGCAAUCAGACCCCAAGCAAUGUGGACUUGUUCGCUCUCGCCACUUUGGCUGAAGUAGCGGCCAAAUCCUCCAAAAUCGAAGACACGGACAUAAACGCCAAAGCGACCGACGACAACGCUUCCCAGGUAUAAUAUACCAUCACAUAGAGCCUUAAUGAGAUAUUCCAAAAAUUAUUUA